UACGACCAAUAUUUUAACAGGAAAAUGGCUGCCGUUAAUAAAAAUAACAUUACCAACAGAAAUCCAAAAAUCCCAGAUAAUAUUGAUAAUAUUGAACGUGAAAAAUCAACAUCUGCAAAAAUAGAUUCAGAUCAUAUCAAUUCGUGUGACAGUUCAUACUUUUUUAACUCGGAUGUUCAUGCAGACUCAAGAAAUUGUCAAAACUUAAGAGAAUAUGCCCAGGCAGUUCAAACUUGGCUAUGGCAUUACAGAACUUUGCAAGCUUUCGGCAUGUUUCAAGCGCAAGUUACAUCUUCAAUGCAGCAGAAUAUAUUCCUGCAGCAACAGCGAGUUGGCACUUCUCAAAAUACACAAAGUGCUUGGCAACCGCCAAAUGGACAGACUAAUCCUGUUCCACCUGGUCAAGCUGUAAACUCUGUUCAGUACAAGGUGCCUAUGCUUUGGAGGAGAAUGGUUGCAGAGCUGCUAGACUUCAUCCUUCUGUUUUACACAAAAAUUAUUGUCAGUGUUGCUGUGUUACGGCAGAUGGGCUAUAUGAAUGAAGACAUACUGGAUAUUGAUGUCCAGCUGCCAUACCUUGCAGACAUUACAGAGCUUGACUAUGAUAAAAUGUUCACCCUCACAUCUGAGCUAAUAGCACUGGAGAUAAUAAAUAGACUCUGUAUUACCAUUGUGGAGACCCUGUGUAUAAGGCAGGGGUAUGCAGGCUCCGUGGGUGGGGCUACACCGGGAAAGAAGAUCAUGCAUCUGAAGAUAAUCUCCUUUGAUGAUAUUCAUGAAAUUGGAAACAGAAACAUAGUGGUCACAGGGCCUAAAGAUAUUGGAUUUGUUAAUGCCCUUCUACGGUCAGUGAUCAAGAAUUUCAGUAUGGCAUUCUUCUUCCCGGCCAGUUUUACCGUCUUCUUCUUUCGCUAUAACCGAGCGGCGUACGAUGUCCUCGCACAAACCAUAGUGGUGGAAUCAGACAGACGACAUUGACAAAGGCAAGCAUGUUUUGCAGAAGUGUCAGUGAAUAACAUCCUCGAAAUUGAGUUAUCUAGCUAGUCAUUUCACUGUUUUCUGAUAAUCUGUAAUGACUUAUUAAAAUUGCUUCGUUUCAUAGACUGGAAAGAUGCAAAAAAAGUACUCUGACAAGAACAUAUUUUUAAAUUAUUUUAACUCGUGAUUCAUUUUUAAUGUCAAAACAAGAUGGUUAUAUAGUAUCUGGUGUGAAUUGAACAACAUUUUAAAAUGAAGUCUUCUUUUGUAUCAAUAAUUAUUGUUGUUGUUUUUUUUAUUACAAUAUUGUCAUUUCUGUUUUGUUAUUUUUUUAAACUGUCAAUUGCCAUCUGUUUUAUCAAUAUAAUAUAUGAAUUUAUUGUUAAUUUCUGUUAUUUACCUUUUAACAAAUAAAUCUUUAGAAAUGUUGAUAAAUAUGCUGCCUUA